AUUGAACUCCGGUGUAUCCCAGUAUCUCCAAGUUAUCAACAUUGAUCAGCCAGACGGUAUGACAUCUAAAGGAGUGGCAAGACUCAGCAGAUUUUAAAGUGGGGAAACAGCUUUUUAGAAAAUCGGUUUUAAACGGAUUUCUACACGUUUGAAGUUUACACGCAGCGGCGGAUGGCCAUCUCUGUGGUUAAUAUUGGACCAGCUAAUGCGAGAACAACACCAAUCUGAACCUAUGACUGAGUAAUGAACCUAAACCCCUUCUGGAGCAUGUCUGCCAACACAAGUCGCAAGCAGAGAGCUGAAGAGGAGCAAAGUGGGCACACAGACCAGAGAGCCAGCCCAGCCAGGACUCACUUUGGCAAAAAGGUCCUUCCGCCCAUUCCUAAGAAUGCAACCCCCAUUACCAAACCUCCAUCAAUGGGCACUGCAGCCCACUCGGCCAAUGGCACACAUGCCUCCUAUGGCCCUUUUUACCUGGAGUACUCUCUACUUGCAGAGUUUACACUCGUGAUUAAGCAGAAACUCCCUGGAAUUUAUGUCCAGCCAUCCUACAAGUCGGCACUAAUGUGGUUUGGGGUCAUUUUCAUCAGGCAUGGUUUGUAUCAAGAUGGUGUCUUCAAAUUCACUGUGUAUAUUCCAGACAACUAUCCAGACGGGGAGUGUCCUAAAUUGGUAUUCGACAUCCCAGUCUUCCACCCUCUUGUCGACCCAGUAUCUGGAGAGCUGGAUGUCAGAAGAGCUUUCACCAAAUGGAGACGGAAUCACAACCACAUCUGGCAAGUCUUGAUGUAUGCACGUACAGUUUUUUACAAGAUCAACACAACGGAGCCACUAAACCCAGAAGCAGCAGUGCUGUAUGAAAAAGAUAUACAGCUGUUCAAAAGCAAAGUGGUGGACAGUGUCAAACUAUGCAACAGUCAUCUUUUUGACCAGCCUAAGAUAGAUGAUCCUUACGCAAUAAGUUUCUCUCCAUGGAACCCAGCAAUGCAUGAAGAGGCAAAGGAGAGGAUGUUCGCAUACAAGAAACGACCUGAGGAAUAUCACAGAGGAACACAGGUGUCGGGGUUAUCUUGGGUAAAGCCUGGUUCAACCCAACCUUUCAGCAAAGAAGAUGGUCCUCCUCAGAGCUGAAACUGCACUGCGUGCCCUGGCCACUAGAUGGAGACAAACGUCAACUGCUACACCGUUGGCUUUCCUCAGCUGCUUGUGUAGUGGACUCUUGAAAUGGUUGGGAGAAAUUAAUUUUUAUCUCCACUUUACUGCUCAGCUUUAAAAGCUCUUUAGGCUGCUCUUGACACAGCUGUAGAACAAGGAAGAAUAGUUUUGUAUCACGUGUAAAUUGCAAAUGACAAAUGGAUGUCCAAACUACGUCAUUCAGGCUGUGAUGCAAUCAAAGUGCAUUGUCUGUCAUUCAUUUUCUGCUCCAUGCACAUGUAGUCAGACAGGGAGAUAAAGUCCCAAACGGGGGUCAGAUGUAUGAACAAAGCACUUUGUAUACAUAUGGUAAGUAUAGUAGAUGGCUUAAUUAAAAACCACUUAUAAAAUUGGCUUAGGACUGUAUUUGUUAGGCUUUUUUUUAUUUUCAAUACAGCAGAGUGACUGAAAUUAAUUCAGACUCCCCCCCCCCCAAUAUCCACUAAAGUAGUGUUCUUGAUUUGUCUUCAGGUCGCAUUGUCCUGCAUGUAUUAGAAGCAUCCCUGCUCUAACACACCUGAUUCUAAGGGCUUAAUUCUGCAGAACUCUGCUGUGUUACUGUAACUUUACAUCAUGUGUGGUGAAGUUUAAUACAUGUAGAACAUUAUGAGCUGAAGACUUGAGAUUUGGAAUGCUGCUCCACAGCUUGACAUGAUUUGUGUGGGUUUUUUUGUUUUGGACAACAGUUUUUAGUUUGGUUGUUUUAUGUAACUUCUAUUAUGUGUAAAGCAGAGCAGCCAAGUAUAAUUUUAAAUGAGAUGCUACAUAACUAAGCUUGUUUUACUUUAAUGAUUUUUGAAUGCUUUACGUACCUUUUGGCUAUUGGUUACUAAUGGUCUAUGUAGAUAAGUUUCCAUUCUGAAGUUCUGUGUCUGGUUUCCUUAAAUGUUUGAGAUCCCAUAAACUCCUGUCUGCAAGAUUUUGUCACAAAAUUUGAGGGAAACUAUUUUUAUAAGGUUCAUUUGCUUCCAUCUGGGCAGCACAGAGUUUAUUUAAAGCAUAUGUUGAUACUAAUUUACCAAGACGUUGAUGCAAAUCUGGCGUUUUCUUUAUUACGGUUUAUGUUCUUAAGACUGGUGUGGAUUGAUGCUGAAGUUCUUUCCAAAUAUAACUCUUGACUGGUUUGCUUGAAGUUGUCUCCAAGGAUUUACAUUAGAACAGCUUAAAUGGUGGUCAAACCUGUAUGAUUAGUAAUUGCUUGUUACUGUAUAAAAUUCAGAGAAAAGUCUCUGUGCAAUCUGGACUUUAAAUUUAUUUGCAUUGCUGUGGUUUGAAUGGUUCCCUUACCACAACAUAAAUGGUGUAAAUUUUUUAUUCUGAAACCAAUAAAAUGAUUUUUAAAGCAAUUCU